AUGCCAACCCUCCUCCAAAGCCACAUCAAUCGCAUCCUUGAGUAUCGGUCAGAUGUGUGGGAUCAGAGCAGAUGGAAUACUGUAACCCGUGCUUUCAAGGAAAUGUGGCAGUUUCCAUAUUGCACCGGUGCGUUUGAUGGCAAGCACAUACACAUCAAGAACCUCCAAAAGUCCCUAUACUACUACAAGAACUUGCUGGCACUCGCGGAUGCCGACUACAGGUUCCCGUGGGUCAACGUCGGGGCCAAGGAUCAGCAUCAGACGCUGAUGGUCUUCAACCAUUCACGAGGAUCGGAUGGAGGGCGAUGA